AUGGGCAUUAAAGAUACCCUUGACACCCUCCUCACCACCGUACGCCUUCUCCUCGCCUCCUCAGACCGGCACACUCUAAGGCUAGGAACCGCCGGCCUCGCUCUCCUGGUCUUUGCGCGAUAUACCCUUGGUGGAAAGAAGAAGGGGUCUGGCAAGGGCAGGCUCCUUAGCGACCCACGGACCAUUGCGAGGCCGCUGGAAGGAGAUGGGCAUGAGUUUGACGAGUGGGAUUUUGUCAUUGUUGGUGGGGGGACCGCUGGAUGUGUGCUUGCCGCUCGACUCUCAGAGGACCCCAAGCUGCGCGUCUUGCUGAUUGAGGACGGUGGAAGUGGGAAGACAGUGCUUGAGUCGAGAGUUCCGUCCGGUUACUCCAAGCUCUUCCGUUCCAAGUAUGAUUACCACUUCUACACCGAGCCACAGCCGCACGCGGGCAAUCGCAAGACCUUCUGGCCUAGAGCUCGUAUGCUUGGUGGAUGCUCCUCCAUUAACGCGCAGAUGGCCCAAUACGGUGCUCCUUCCGACUUUGACGAGUGGGCACAGAUCAUUGGCGACGACUCAUGGUCGUGGAAGAGCUUAAACAAGUACUUCCGCAAGUUCGAGAACUUCAAGCCAGAUCCGAAAUACCCGCACAUCGACGCGUUGCAGAGGGGAACCAGUGGACCAGUCACUGUCGGAUAUCAUUCGCAUACGUACCCUGGCGCCCCCCUGUUUGUGCAGGCGGCAAUGGCCGCUGGUAUCCCGUACAGCGGAGACUUUGGUCUCGAGACCAGCCUCAAGGGAACCAACAUGAUCUGUAUUGAGCGCGUGUCUACGGAAUCUGCCUACCUCACCGACGAGGUGCUCGCUCGCCCGAACCUGCGCGUGCUCACGCGCGCUCGCGUCACCAGAAUCCUGUUCGACCGCGAGGUUGAUGGCGCGCCGUGCGCUACCGGCGUCGAGUUUGUCCGCCUGGCGGAGCCCCGCGGCAGGAAGUGGCGGGUCAAGGCGCGCAAAGAAGUAAUUCUUUCCGCUGGCGCCGUCCACUCCCCACAGAUCCUCAUGCUCUCGGGCGUUGGUCCCGCUGAGCACCUCGCGCAGCACAAGAUCGCCUUGGUGCACGACCUCCCCGGCGUCGGGCAGAAUCUCGUCGACCACGCGGCGUUCUAUGUCCGCUUUGGCGAUAAGAUGAAGGCGGGGCUCUCGUUCUCGCAGCCGUACAAUAUCCCGACGGCGGUCAAAUUCGUUGCUAGCACCGUGCAGUAUCUGGUCACUGGUACAGGACGCCUCGCCACGAACGUCGGCGAAGCCGUCGCGUUCAUCCGCUCGAACGACCCCGCGCUCUUCCCCGAGAGCGAGUGGCCGGCGCCGAUCGAGGACGCCAACUCGGGCCCGGAGAGCCCCGAUAUUGAGCUCAUCCUCAUUCCCGUGCCGCUGGCGCACAACAAGUACUGCACCAUCAAACGCGGCUUGGAAGGGUACACAAUUAUCGUCACGAACCUGCGCCCGACGAGCGCGGGCUCGAUCAGACUGAAGAACAGCGAUCCGUUCGACGCACCUCUGAUCGAUCCCAACUACCUCGCGACGCAGCACGACGUCGACGUGCACGUCCGCGGCGCGCGCCUCGCGUACAAGAUCGCGCACACGGCGCCCCUCACGCAGAUGACGGACACGGCAAACACGGACCGCAUCCUCGACAAUCACUUCAAGGACCUCUCCGACGCCGAGCUCGCACAGGUCGUCCGCGAGCGCGUCGAGACGCUGUACCACCCCGCGUGCACGUGCCGCAUGGCGCCGCGCGAGCAGGGCGGCGUGGUUGACAAGGAUAUGCGGGUGUAUGGGGUGAAGGGAUUGAGGGUGUGCGAUGCGAGUGCGUUUCCGAGGCUUGUGUCGGGGCACACGGCUGGAGCUGUUAUUGCGUCUGCGGAGAAGCUUGCGGACGAGAUCAAGGCUGAGUAUCGUUCGUCGAAGGCUUGA